AUGGAGCAAGUGGCCCAGCAGUUUACCGACUUCUAUUACUCGACUUUUGAUUCGGACCGUUCGCAGCUUGGCCCGCUUUACGCACAGCGUCCACACUCGAUGCUCACGUUCGAGGGCGCGCAGACGCAGGGCGCGCAAGCUAUUGUCGAGAAGCUGGUGAGCCUUCCGUUCCAGAAGGUGCAGCACAAGGUCGACACGCGCGAUGCGCAGCCGACCGGUGACGGUCAGAGCCUGACUGUCCUUGUGACUGGUAUGCUCCUGGUGGACGAUGGCCAGAACCCACUCAAGUUUAGCCAGUCGUUUACGCUGGUGCCUGAGGGUGGCUCGUUCUACGUCUUCAACGACAUCUUCCGCCUCAACUAUGGUUGA